CGACCGAUGCUCGCAACAAGGGUGGUGGGGAGGUGGGUGAAUAGGCGGACGCGAGAGAGAGGAAGAAGGAAAAGUCUCAUUAGUGCGCUGGCCAGGGGUCACGAACUAUGACCUUUUCCAGACGAAAACCACAACAAUAAUAUUUAUUUAAAACCAGCAGAGCGCAUUGAAUUUGACUCUAAGAGACCCCACCACUAAUGACAUCUCAUCAUUAUGUCGACCAGCCUGAACCUGCUGUCACAGCAGAAAGCAGAGUCUGAAGCAGAGGGGUUAUCCUCUCCAUCAGACUCCGUGAUGAGUGAGUCUCCGCAGCGCUUUCAGGUCAUCUCCACCGAGCCUGCAACAACACCACCGCAAAUACAGAUUGUAACCGACCAGCAGACCGGUCAGAAGAUCCAGAUCGUGACAGCGAUGAAUCCAUCCAGUGCUCCCAAGCAGCAGUUCAUCCUGGCCACGGCCAACAGCUCAGGGGCAAACAAGGUCAUCCUGGCCUCACCGGAGAAUCACAACGCAAAGCAGGUCAUCUUUACUGCUGCAGACAGCUUGAUGCCAGGAAGAAUACAGAUUGUCACCGACCCUGUGUCAAUGGAACAACUAAUAGGACAGUCGGGGGAUUUAAGUCGGCCUCAGCCAGUGGAGUACUGCGUGGUGUGUGGGGACAAAGCUUCAGGGCGUCACUAUGGAGCUGUCAGCUGUGAGGGAUGUAAAGGCUUCUUCAAGCGGAGUGUGAGGAAGAAUCUGACCUACAGCUGCCGGAGUAAACAGGACUGUGUCAUCAACAAACAUCAUCGCAAUCGCUGCCAGUUUUGUCGGUUGAGGAAAUGCCUUAAGAUGGGGAUGAAAACCGAGUCUGUCCAGAGUGAGAGGAAGCCAAUCGAAUUGGUGCCCAGAGAGAGACAUGCUAACUGUGCUGCCUCUACUCAGAAGAUCUACAUCCGAAAGGACCUGAACAGCCCACUCAUCGCCACACCAACCUUUAUCUCUGAUACAGAUACAGAUGGCUCCAGAUCCAGCCUACUGGACCAGGGGAUGCUGGUUAAUAUCCAGCAGCCGCUCAUCCAGACCGAUGGGACUUUGCUGCUUGCUGCAGACCCUAAGAUGGAUUCUGGACAGGGAGGCCUGGGGACACUAGCGAGUGUAGUCACGUCGUUAGCUAGCCUGAAUGACUCUCUGAAAGAAAAUCUGAACAGUGGUGAUACUUCAGACAGCCAACAGGAGGAGCAGUCUGCCAAUGAGAUCACACGUGCCUUUGACACUCUGGCCAAAGUGUUCAACCCACCUGAAGAGGGGGUUGAACAAGGUCUGGCUGAGAGGUCACAGUGUGUCAGCGCAACAACAAUCCAGCUGAUUGGUCAGGACCAGGAGACGCCCAUCAUAGAGGUGGAGGGACCACUGCUCACAGACAGCCAUGUUGGUUUCAAGCUGACCAUGCCCAGCCCCAUGCCAGAGUAUCUGAAUGUGCACUACAUCUGUGAGUCGGCAUCCAGACUCCUCUUCCUCUCCAUGCACUGGGCCCGCUCCAUCCCUGCCUUCUCAGCUCUUGGUCAGGAGGCAAACACCAGUUUGGUGAGAGCUUGCUGGAACGAGCUGUUCACUUUGGGUCUGGCUCAGUGCGCUCAUGUGAUGAACUUAUCCACCAUCCUCGCCGCCAUCAUCAACCACCUGCAGAGCAGCUUCCAGGACGACAAAAUGUCAAGUGAAAGGGUGAAGCAGGUGAUUGAGCACAUCUGGAAGUUCCAGGAGUUCUGCAACAGCAUGACCAGGCUGGACAUCGACAGCUACGAGUAUGCCUACCUAAAGGCUCUUGUGUUGUUUAGCCCUGAUCACCCUGGGGUGGACAGCAGCGGCCAGAUUGAGAAGUUCCAAGAGAAAGCACUUAUGGAGCUGCAAGACUACGUGCAGAAAACAUAUUCUUACGACUCAUACAGACUGACGCGUAUCCUGACCCGCCUCCCUGCCCUGCGUCUGAUGAACUCCAGCAUCACAGAGGAGCUCUUCUUCACUGGCCUAAUAGGCAAUGUCUCCAUUGACAGCAUCAUUCCUUACAUCCUCAAGAUGGAGACAGCAGAGUAUAACAGCCAGGACUCUGACUCAGCAGAAUGACAGCUCUUCCAGAACUUUCAUUUAAAAGUUAAAAAGGCUCCUUUUCAGGUACAUCCUUGUUUCUAGAGACAUGUUCAACUGUAGUCUCAAAUGCUUCAGCACCUUCUUUUUUUUUUUUCUAACAAUGCAUGGCACUAAUUUAAUCUUGAAUGCUUAGUGAGCUAAAAUAACAUGGUGUUAAAAAGCCAGGAUGGCUGGAUUCAACCUGGUUUAUCUGUAGUUCUGAAUGACAUUAGUAACAUGUUUAUGAAGCUGCAGCUAUACUCAUCUCUUCAGACAUGUUCAUAUGACAUGCGACCCUUUGCUUUUUAUAUCUAGCUAGUUUUAGGUUUUUACCAUACUUGGAUAUUGAUCAGAUACAUAUUUAACCGAGACACAAACAGAAAACAGUUAUUCAGAGUAAAAAUAAUAUCUCUUACGUGUGAACGUCGUUCACCUUUUUUAAAUACGGUUCUGAAAUCUAAGAAACUUUUGAUUUAAAAAGAAAGUAUUUGUGUUAGCUUUUGCUAACACCAGCUCAGUAAAGUAGACAGUUUUCAAAUAGUUGAGAAAACUGCUCUAUUAGAUUACAUUGGAACAACUAUGGCAUAUAUUUUUCAUGUUUUUCUUAAUUCAUGUGUAAGUUUUAAUUACAAUGAAUUUAAUUUGUAAAGUCAGGUUUUGUUGGGUUUUGUUGGGUACAACAGCCCUCAAAUGAGCCGGAUAUUAUAGUGGGGAUGCGCCGAUUGGAUCGCGUGAUUCUCAAAGGAUCGGAAUCGGGUGGAAAAUAUCACAUUUCACUUAAUAAAACAGCAAAUCUUUUAAAAUCCAUCCUCAGACUGACAUUUUCAAACAGAAUAACAAUGGCUUCCUCUACAUCAAUAUUCUUUUCUUGGACAAAAACACCAUAAUGUCACACUGUUUAUGGUAGGUGAUUUCAGACACCAAAACAUGCAGCUGUUAGCCAGCAGGCUAAAUCAGAGCAUACUUGUCGCCUCAGGAGGAUAAAAAUGUCGGCUGUUUGGACAUAUUUUAAUUUGGACAGCAAAUCAGAGCAGCAGACACUUGUAAUGUGUGCAUGCUGGGUAUUUGACAAAGACAGAGCUACACUUUGUGUAUUUGUAUUUCGCUUCAGGCAUCACCAAAGCAAAUCAUUGUCUCCAUUAAGUCCCAGUUUUCCAAUAAUAGUCUCAGUUCACUGCAGCAGCUCAGACAAAAGCACGGAGCCAGCCGGCAGUGAAAGAUACGCUAAAAAACAAAGAGAAACUGCCGACAGACUGCAAAACGUUGGGGUUUCUCAGUCUCCUGCAGCACCUGAGCCACCCACGAAGGUUACGGGUGUUGUGCAGGGAGAUGUUAGCCUGCUGGCCGCGACGCUGCAUGCCUACCCCAUUAAGGGAUUGUGCAUCACUCAAUUCAGCUGCACAUUGAGGGUAUAAACAAUAGGGAUGUCCCAAUCAGGUUUUUUUUUGCCCUCGAGUCCGAGUCAUUUGAUUUUGACAAUCUGCCGAUACCGAGUCCCGAUCUGAUACUUAAAAAAGAAUAAAGAAAGUGAAAAAACAGAUCCAGAAUUCGCCUUAUUUUUCAUGUAGUUAACUUUAUUUUAACAUUUAACAACUCAGUUAACAAACGAAGCACUUCGUUAGGUCGCUUGAACAAUCAAGUGAUAAAUAACAUAAUUCAUCACAUUUGGAAUUUAGGGUUAGGGUUAAAAAAAAACUGCUGCCUGACUUCCUACUUUUUCACGUCAUCAUUUGCGUUUAAUGUAAGGAGAUCAAAGAGAUCUACCUACCGCAAAAAUAGUGGCGUGUGCGCUGCGCGGCCACGCCAGUGAUGUGAAGUCCCCGGAGCACGGGUGAUGAACGCUGCAGCAAAGCACAUCAGGCACGAACAAAGACAGAAGUGACCAGAGGAUAUGAGCGGACAUGAACGAUUGUGUGAUGAUUACAUACUUUUUGGUUGGCGCCACUUUAAGAGUGUGACUGUGGUCGUGCAAGGAUGCAGCUGCCUGUGGAGCACAUGAAUAAUCAGCGCUUUGCCGCUCUCUGCCUCUCCGCUCAAAAAAAAUCCCAGCUGAGAAACCAUAUAAAUAAAGUAAUGUAGGUAGAAACUGAUGUUUUUUUGGGGGGGGGGGGGGGGUCCCUCUGGUUGUGUACGUUGAGGGCUUCUGGGGAGCCAGACAACCUUUCAGGAGAACCAUGUUCCCCUUAGCUCUCCUGUAAUUCAAACCCUGUAUCUGAGUCUGGAUCGAGAAGUAAAGCCAGAUCCCAAUCGAGUCUGAAACCAUGUGAUCGGGACCGAUUUCCAAACACCUGAUUGGAUCUGCACAUCCCUAAAAAACAAAGUGACCAGAACAUCCCUAUAUUAUAGCAUUGAGCUACUAAGAAGCUAAUGUAGUAAUUCUCAAAACAGCACAACCAGAGCCAUCUGACCUUUAUCAAAGUGAAAGAGUUUUUUGUUUUGCACAUAUUUUCUGGUGACACACUUUCUUGUAUAACAUUUGCAGUCACCUCACCACUGUUUUUCUUUACCCAUAAUGAGUGUGUUUACAUGCAGCCAGUAACCCUUUUAAAACCCGAAUAUUCACAAUAACCCGGUUCCGCACGGCCAUGUAAACACCGCCAAAAACCCGGAUAUGCUCAUAACCGGGUUUUUAAAAACCCGGUUACUACACCUGGGGUAACCCUUUUCUAACCCGAAUGUUUGGUCGUGUAAACGCAUACCGGGAUAUCCCCAUCAAAGCGUGUGUUCUGUGUAUGCUCUGUUCGCAAGGAAUCUUGGUCUUUUGAGUAGCGAGACGUCUUGUAUGCGCCAGAACACCGGAAGAAAACAAGUUGGGAGCAAUAUGGCGAGUCACGGCACAGCACCACACUUUUGGAGAGACGAGGAAACCUCUGUCUUCAUUGGUGGGCCAAUACCAGCACUAAAGCGCAAACAAGCGCGGUCGCUAGCUCUUCUGAACUGGGAAACAUGUUGUUUUCACGGAUACUGGAACAAAAAGAACUGGAAAUAACGCAUAUUGCGUCUUAACGUAGUCCAUGCGUCCUGAUGCUACCCCAACGUCCGCAUUUAAAUCGGGUUAUGCAAGUUAGGGGUAAGUCUUUCUAUUUAUGCUUGUAAACGGGUUAUUCUGAUCAACUCAAACCCGAAUACUGACCUUAACCCGAUCAUAACCCGGAUAUUGGCUGCAUGUAAACGUAGUCAUUGACAAUCGGCUUUAUGUUUCCCUCUACUUUAUCAGUGUUAAGAUGAUGUUUGCCUCUCUGUAUCUGUUAUUUGAUUGUUUACAUAUUAUGCACAGCUAUGCUACAGUUUGUGUUUUUAUUAGCAUUUGGGUGCACAUUAAUCAGCUUCGGGGAUGUUCCACCUCAUACAGGCUGACUAAAGUUUGUGUUUUGUAUGUUUUACAAAAACAUUUGUUUGUUGUAAACAAUACUGUUUGUUGAAUGCCAAGUGUACUUAAAGUGCUUUUGGGCAGGUUUCCCUGAUUUGAAACCAGAGUAAGAUGUUUUUGAGGGAAGCUAGCCUUGAGUGCAUAGAUGUCUUGGAUACGAUAUAAGAUAUUCGUUGGCUUGACCCUCACAUAAUCAUUCAGAAUGAGCAUCUGCAGUAAUGUGAAUGACAAUAUGGAUGUAAAUAGGUCAACAAGGCUCUUGUCUUUUGAUAUAAAUGUUGGUUUUCUUUUUUUUUUUUUUACCUUGGGUUCAAAACUUGAAAAGACUCAUUGUAAAGGCACUCAUGAGAGAUGACCGUAGUUAUUGUAAUUCCAUUAAAAUGGAUGCAUGUUGUUUUUUAAGCAGGGUUUUAUUACCUUCCCCUCAGCCCUAACAAGGAGCAUUGUUAUCAUUUUUAUAGUGCAUUGUAAUGUAUGACGUUGCUUAAGCACCACUUUUAAAUGCAGUAUGGAAAAUGUUGAUUUAAAUGUUGUGGCUUUAAAAUAUUUACCAAGAGCAGCUCACACAUCGAUAUUUUCCUUUGUGGGUUUGAUCAAUGUUUUUAUACUGUAAACGUGUUCUGUUUAUAGAGAUGUGUGUCUGCAAAUGUUUAAAUUGAGAUUUCAAACAACAUUCGUUGGUAACAACCCUACAUUUCUACCUCAUGUUUGAAUCAAAUGUUUUAAUAAAUGAGCUCUUGUGUCAGCAUUCCCAAAGCCAUCUGUUUUAAACUAAAUAAACCGCUGUUCAUUAAAUAUAACAAGACUGAUGUUCAUGCUUCAUUAAAAACAUUUCUU